CUCAUGAGUCGGGAGCGCACAGAGGGCGCACCGGGUGUCACUCUGCUCCAGCUCCUUCCAGUCUCCAGUAGCGGUCGGUUCACCGGGUGUCAGUGUGCUCCAGCUCCUUGUAGCGGUCUGUUCGCUGCUGCUGCUGGUUGUUGCGCGCAGUGGCAGUCAGUCUACAGCAGCAGGAAUUUGGGGAGUGGAAAUUCCGCUGUUACUUUCUCUGCUCGCCUCCUAUAUUCCUGACAUUUCUGCUGUGGCGGUCAGUCAGUGAGCAGACACAGAGAGAGACACAGAGAGAGAGAGCUGAACUGAAAUAAGGAGUGAAGAUCUUGGAGAGCUGCGCUCAGAUGUUCCUCGCGGUUGGUUCCCACUGAACACCGGUUACUACUGAAUUCUUCUUUUUAAUUUUUCCUCUUGGAAGUAUCGAUCCUGUUUGGUGUUUGAUAAAGAACCGAGGGGCGCACAGCUGCCACUUCUGGCGCACGGAUUUUUCCCCUUUUUUGAUUCUUGUUUUCUGCUUUUGGAUUAUUAUUAUUUUAUUUUUUCCAGGAGAUGUCAAGUUCUUCCCUGACAGAAGCAGCAGGGAUCUGGUGCUGAAGCUCGCAGGAUGCCGGGGACCCUACAACAAGCACAUCUCUUACUUUGAGACAAUCUCAUUUUUGGACGUAAACCAGGACGUUUUAUUCUCCCCUUUCUGCGUGUGUUUAUUUUCUUUUUGCACAAUGUCUGUGUUGUACAAUCUAAGGAUGCGUACUGGAUUGCUAUUGUUCCUUUUCACCCAAAUCAUCCCGGUUGCCUCGUUGACUCAGACCGAUAAAUGUGGGGGUAAUAUAGAGAUCCACAUGGCGGACUACCUGACUUCCCCGGGCUACCCGGGCGCAUACCCGCCCUCCCAGCAGUGCGUCUGGGUGAUCACAGCUCCAGAGCCAGGCCAGAAGAUCCUCAUCAACUUCAAUCCGCAUUUUGAUCUGGAGGACAGAGACUGCAAGUACGACUACGUGGAGGUUUACAACGGCGGGGACGAGCUUUCCCCCAUGUUGGGGAAGUUUUGCGGGAAGAUCGCACCGUCUCCGAUCAUCUCCAGCGGCAGCCAGCUCCUCAUCAAGUUCGUCUCUGACUACGAGACCCACGGGGCGGGAUUCUCUGUUCGCUACGAGGUCUUCAAGACAGGUCCAGAAUGUUCCAGGAACUUCACGGCUCCCAGAGGCGUCAUCAAGACACCGGGCUUCCCCGAGAAGUACCCCAACAACCUGGACUGCACCUUCAUGAUCUUCGCCCCCAAGAUGUCCGAGAUCGUGGUGGAGUUCGACAGCUUCGACAUGGAGCCCGACACCACGCCACCGCCGGGCGCCCUCUGCCGAUACGACUGGCUGGAGAUCUGGGACGGCUUCCCUGCAGUGGGUCCCCACAUUGGCCGGUACUGUGGUCAGACGUCCCCGGGCCGCGUGAUCUCCUACACCGGCAUCCUGUCCAUGACCAUCACCACUGACAACGCCAUCGCCAAGGAGGGAUUCUCCGCCAACUACACCAUCCGCGAGAGGAGCCUCCCCCCGGGACACGAAGAUGAGGCAGAUUUUGCCUGUAUGGAGCCGAUGGGCAUGGAGUCGGGGGAAAUUUCCUCAGAGCAGAUCAGCGCUUCGUCCCAGUAUAACCCCAACUGGUCCCCCGAACGCUCGCGUCUCAACUACCAGGAGAACGGCUGGACGCCCUCAGAUGAUACCGUCAGGGAGUGGAUACAGGUGGACUUGGGAUUUCUCCGAUUCGUCACGGCCAUCGGGACUCAGGGAGCGAUCUCAAAAGAGACCAAGAAGCACUACUAUGUUCGCUCAUACAAAGUGGACCUGAGCUCCAACGGAGAGGACUGGGUCACCGUGAAGGAGGGCUCAAAGCAGAAGAUCUUCCAGGGGAACCUCAACCCGACGGACGAGGCUCGCUCCUUCCUCCCCAAACAGACUCUGGCUCGCUACAUCCGUGUCCGCCCCAUGUCCUGGGAGCAAGGCAUCUGCAUGCGCUUCGAGAUCUACGGCUGCAGAACUUCAGACUACCCCUGUUCAGGGAUGCUGGGGAUGGUGUCCGGUCAGAUCUCAGAUGCUCAGAUCGGCGCCUCGUCGUACGCCGACCGGGGCUGGGUGGCUGAAAACGCCCGCUUGUUGACGGGUAGAUCGGGCUGGACCGGGCAGCAAACCAAGCAGCCCUUCAGAAACGAGUGGCUGCAGGUGGAUCUGGGCCAGGACAAGAUGGUGAGCGGCGUGGUGAUCCAGGGAGGGAAACACCGCGACAGGAACGUCUUUAUGAAGAGGUUCAAGGUGGGACACAGUCUGGACGGAGAGGAGUGGACCAUUGUUAAGGAGGACAACACCACAAAGCCCAAGAUAUUCAUUGGGAAUCAGAACCACGACACCCCAGAGCUGAGGUCGAUGGGUCCCCUCCUGACCCGCUUCGUCAGGAUCUACCCAGAGAGAGCCACCAACGAGGGCUUGGGCCUCCGACUGGAGCUGCUGGGCUGUGAACUGGACGACAUUACAACUACAGCUCCUCCCACCACGCCCAUCGCCUCUACACUUCCCAUGACCACGUUUGGAGCGACCACCACAGCGCCGAUCACCAUCCCCGGUACGACCAUGGUUACAGACUGCGAGGAAGGACAGCAGGACUGCGGCGGCGAGACCGAGGCUCCCUACGACUACGACACUGUGACGGCAGGAGGCACCACAGCGGCCGACCCCAUCAUGGACUUCAUACCAGCAUACGUGUGGUUCGCCUGCAACUUUGACUUCUCGUCGUUCUGCGGUUGGACCAGAGAGACCGGGACGGGGGCCGAGUGGCUCAUCCAGACCAACGGGGCUCCCGCCGUCCACAGAGGGCCGACCCUCGACCACACAGGUGGACCGGGGAACUUCAUCUACAUGCAGCUGGGGGACCCAGACGCACCCAGUAAAACGGGCGAUGAUGACAGUGAAGAGGAGAAGGUGGCCAGGUUGGCCAGCCUGCCCAUCACCGCGCCGGAUGCCGACCUGUGCAUGUCCUUCUGGUAUCACAUGUUUGGUGAACACGCGGGGGCCCUUCACAUCAAGCAGAGGAAGGAGGCGGAGGGGGGUCAGAUCCUGUGGAUGGUCAGGGGUCACCAGGGCAGCCGGUGGAGGGAGGGGCGAGUCUUACUGCCACACUCCAGUGUCUCAUAUCAGGUGGUGGUGGAAGGCGUCGCAGACAGACGCAGCGCAGGUCACAUAGCUGUGGACAACAUCCAGAUCAUUGAUGGACUCAGUGCUGAGGACUGCAAAGAUCCAGAAGCUCCAACGUCUCCACCAACUGAGAUCUUCAUCCUACCGAUGGACUCCCUCUCACAGGAGACCAGCGAGCUCGGCGGCCCGGGUAACAUGCUGAAGACCCUGGACCCCAUCCUCAUCACCAUCAUCGCCAUGUCCGCGCUGGGCGUCUUCCUGGGCGCCAUCUGCGGCGUCGUCCUGUACUGCGCCUGCUCGCAGGGCAGCAUGACGGACAGGAACUUAUCUGCCCUGGAAAACUAUAACUUUGAGCUGGUGGACGGCGUGAAGCUAAAGAAGGACAAGAUGAACGGACAGACUAACUACUCAGAGGCGUGAGGAUUUAAAGAGAGGCGGAGCUGCGAUUUUGCUCCGCGUUGGACACGUGAUGCAGCCAAUCAAGAGGGAGGAACACAGAGGAGGCGGGGGGGGGGGGGGGGGGGGGGCUGAAGCCAUCAAUGGGACGGCAGGGUGGGCUGAAAGUGAGCCAAUGUAAUUUUUUUUCUCAGGAGCGGCAGUGGAAGGGACUGACCUGUAGGGGGCACUGUGUAUAAAGAAUCUGUACAGCAAAAAAAAAAAAGAAGAAAACUAAAAGGAUUCUAUUUGUUUUUUCGGCG